UACAUUUUUAAAAUAGCAAUUGAAUUUCAAUCAAAAGUAAACGGUACUUAUAAAUUAUAAUAUCAAUUACCAGCAGAAAAUUAUAUAUAUUAUUAUGGAUGAUAUUACAUCUUUGUGCCGGACUUGUAUGAAGAGUAGUUCAGUUAAUAUGGUGGAUUUGUUUGGCCCUAUUAAAAUAGAAGAAAAUUGUUUCAUGAAGCUAGCGGAUAUAUUGAUGACUACUACCUCAUUAAAUGUUUCUACUGAGGAUGGGUUGCCACAAAUGCUGUGCCACACUUGUGCACAGACCUUACAAAUUGCUUACACAUUCCGAACUCAAGCUAUUGCAUCUGCUACCGAAUUGAAGAAAUUAUUGGAGUUCCCUAUCAUCAAAACUGAAGCAUUUGAGAGUGAGCUAAGCGGACAUGAUGAUUUUUAUCUGCCUGAUGACCAAAACAUACAAGGGGAAGCUAUAUACAGCAGUACAAUUUGCCCACAGGAAUGUAAUGAUAAUAAGAACACUGUUAUGUCUAAGGAAACAUAUAGCUGUCUCAAAUGCAAUAAACACUUUUACAGUAGAACAUCUUUUGAUAAGCAUGUGACAAAGUGUGAUUUGAAAUUAUAUGAUGUCAAAUUGGAAAGUUCAACAGUUUAUGCUUGCUCAUAUUGUAGAACAGCAUACAAAACUAAGAAAAGAUUAAUAAAUCACGUAAGGAAGCAUGAAAUCCAAUUACUUGAUAAAAAUUAUACAUGUGAUUAUUGUAAUACAAGUUUUAAUGCUAAGACUAUAUUAAGAAGGCAUAUGAGAAUACAUACACAAGAAAAGCCAUUUAAAUGUGAAAAGUGUCCAAGGGCAUUUUAUAGAGCGGACUUAUUAACAUAUCAUAUGCAAAAGCAUGACAAUAUAAAGCCAUUUAUUUGUCCCCAUUGUUCCAAAUCAUUCUCCCAAAUAUGUACUCUUAAAGAUCAUAUAAACAUACAUACGGGAGCAACUCCAUUCCUAUGUUCUGAAUGCGGCAAGGGUUUCGCGAAUCGUUCAAAUUUACGACAACAUGCGAUGAGGCAUACUGGCGUUAAACCUUUCACGUGUAAAAUGUGCCCUAAGACAUUUGCCACGAAAGGUCAAAUGAAAAAUCACAUGGACACCCACUCGGGGCUGAAGCCAUUCAAAUGUGAAGAGUGUGGUACUGCUUUCACAAAAUCAACAUCUCUUAGGAAGCAUCAAAAUAUUCACCGUGGCAUCAAACCGUUCGCCUGCGACACGUGUCCAAUGAGGUUCACUUGCAAGGACCAUCUGAAACGUCACCAGCGUAUACACACGGGCGAAAAGCCGUACAAGUGCACGAACUGCGAGCGUACGUUUACGCAGAGCAACGAUCUCAUCAAACACAUGCGACUGCACUUUGGAGAGAAUAUUUAUCAAUGCUCAGUAUGCCUGAUGAGGUUCCGUUUGCUGCGUGAAUUGAAACGUCAUUACCCAAUACACUAUACGGAAAACAAAGAGCAAGAUGCCGUAUCUAAAACAGAGACAGACGGACAGAUUACAAUAACACUGAGCCAUUUGAAUAACACGCAAGACAUUACUAUAAAUAUUUCGAAUGAGAAGAGUUGAGGGAGAGGAAGAGAAAGAGUAAUACAGUGAAAUUGUGCAAUUUAAAAUUGGCGUGGUACUCAGAGUCGGUAAUCAGUAAUGGGCGAUUCUAACUAGAUUUAAGGCAUCAUUGGUGACAGUUUAGUUAGCUAAGGGGCCUUGUUUUAUCUUAAAACGCAUAACGGGAACAUAUGUGAAUAAAUUUAAAUAAACGUUUGGUUCUUUUGAGAACUGGCGAACUGUGGAAUCGACUCCCGGUGGUUCAAAGUUGAACGCUCUUAAAGGCCGGCAACGCAUCCAUUAAAAAUGAGUGCCCAUGGGCUGCGAUGGCCGUGGGUGAGCUCGUUUGUUAAAAAAGUGACAUUUUAUUUUUGUUUAAUUUUGAAUUAUUAAUAUGGUUAUACCUAUAUUAAUACAUAUGUUUUAUUUCAAUGAGGUUAAAUUAAAUUGUGCCUCUUUAUAUUAAAUAAAAUUUAAUUAUUAAUAAAUAAUUUUUAUUGCGCUGGUUUGGUAAUAUCAGAUUAUUAAAUGUACAUAUAAUUAUACAUAUAUAUUACUUUUUGGUUUUUUUCGUUAGUUUUCAUAGCUGUUCUCUACUUAAGUAGAGUCGAGACCUACGGCUAUCAAUACAUUGCAUUUGACAUAAGGAAGUAAUACUUAGCUCUAAGUCUCGACUCAAUUUACUUCCGAAUCUCAAUAAUUGUUUUAUAGUAAGUAUAAACAAAUGAUUUAUUAAUUUUAGUAUUAAUUUAAAUUGCUGUAGUAGUAAUGUCAUUGUAAAAUUAUGUAUAACCGUAAAUACAUUGAUAAUAUUUGCGUUAAUAAAAGACAACAUUGCUUUUAAAUAAUUUUUUAAAUAGGUUAUAUUUUAAAUUAGUUAAAACAUACAUACGCCUUAUUUACUUAAAAUUACCGCUAGCCAUCUGAUAUACAGUUAGAACAUAACAUAAAUCAUAUUUGUCUGUCUGUCUCGCUCGCACUUAGAGAUAUUAUGGAGAGAUGUAGUAAUAUGCGUAAGAAUUGUAGAGUUACGUAAAGAAGCGAAAGUAGUAUAAUGCGAUAUACAGUAGAAUCUCGAUUAUCCGGAUCAAACAAAACCAGGGGUAUUCCGUAUAAUCGAAAAUCCGGAUAACCGAUUUCAAAGCAAAUCUAACAAUAUUUAAAUUUUAAUAUGUUUUUUAUUAUAUGAUAGGUUUUACUUAGAUAAUACGAUACAUAAAAAACGAUAAUGAUAGAUAAUGAAUUACAUAACAUCUAUGUAUUGGAAUGUAAAAAAUGAAUUAUUCAUUGAUUAUUUAUUAUUAAUUGAUUAUUUGUUAUUACGGCCAAGCCGCUGAUGCGCUUCAAUUGUAAUUUGGUUACCGUAAGUUAAGGGUACUUUAAUAAUUGAAAUGAAACAGCGCGGAUUUUUUGAUUUACCAAUAGUAGCAGUGGCAAUCGAUGUGUUCCUUUAGCGUUUGCGUAAAACAUAACUGUAACACUGUCCUUAGUCACUUUGUGUCCCGGUGCUGCAUUUUGGGAAUAAACUUGUCGUAACAUGUCUCGUUGCACCGUCAAAAUGAGUCCGGAUAAUCGGAUGUCCGAAUAAUCGAAGUUCGGAUUAUCGGGAUUCUACUGUACUAUAAACGCUUUGGAGGAAUAGCCAGAAUAAUCGGGAGCGCUUUCGUGGAUGGCACUAUCUGUAGUAAAGUAUCGAGAACGGAUUUCUUUACGUCCACAUUGCUACUGUUUAAAGUGUGUCGACUACUGCUAUUAUAAAUGCUAUUAGAUAAUAAAAAACGUAAUUAUUUGUUUUGUAAAAUCGAUUAAGUAUAUUUAAACUUUAAUUCUAAUGAAAGUUUAAAUAUUAACAGCACUGAUACCCUGCAACUCUCAGUAGCUAUAACAAUCUCGAACUUAAUAAUAAGUUUUAGUACUGCACAAUCGUGCUACUAGCAAUUUAGUGCUAGGGAUACUAUUUUGAAAUUGGGAAGAUAAAUGUCGAUGUUGCUGAUGCUAUUGGAAUGUACAAAAUACUAAUUGGGAUACCUAAAACUC